AGUCGCCACAGACACAUGUCCUCAAGCAAAACCGAAGAAAUGAAAAAGGCAGGAAGGUGAGAAAAAGACACGUUUGAUAAUUGUUGCAGCUGAAUGCUUGUAAAUGACUCACCCAUUUUCCAAAAUCCUACCUUGGGAUUUUUUGCAUAUGUUUCUCCUUCAAUUAAGCUCUUUGCUCAGGCACCACCUCGUACCCUUGCUUAAAGAACCAUAAGGGGGUGGGGUGGAGGAGCUAGGUUCACUAUAAUUGAGGUUACUCUUACUGUUGGAAAUGGUGUUCCCAUAUCUAAAUAACCAGAAAUGAAUGUCGUCAGUACAUGUUUGCUUUAGCCAGGAGUUUGAACUUGUGAGACCCCACGCUCUGUCAUUUAAUCAUUUCAAUUGCUGGCCAAAACUGGAACGCAAAGUAGGUACAAGUUUUACUAGUGUUCCACAAUAAACACAAAUUACACUUUGCCGAUACUUUUCCUUUGGAAGCUGCUCCCUCAUUAUGCAGCAACAGCAAUAUAUGAACAUUGGUUCUUUUCAAAUUCCAUGACGUUCAAGUGGAAAUUACUGUAGCAAAGCUUGGAGGUACUUCUAGUCUUUAGAAGGAAACAAUUAUUAGUAUUUAUUGUAUAAUUAUUGUGGGGGAAUGGUCCUUUAAUUUGGAUGUGAUGGAGGUCUGUGCUGAAAGUUCCCGUUCAAAUGGGAAACAAACUUUGAAGCAUUCUGAAUCUGCAGAUGAAGUGAAAAGAUCCAGUGAAAAGGCCCACAGAAGUUCUCAUUCCAAUGGAAAGCAAAAUUUGAAGCAAAGUACCACUUAUGUUAAUCAUGCUGCAAUAGCUUGGCAUGAGGAUAGAAGAAAGUGGGUUGGUGAUAAGGCUCAACAUCCACCAAGAACAACUAAGGAUCCGAUUAUUAGCUGGUCAACAUCUUAUGAAGAGCUGCUCUCAACUAACGAACCUUUUGCCGAGCCGAUACCCUUACCUGAGAUGGUAGAUUUCUUAGUUGAUAUUUGGCAUCAUGAUGAAGGUUUCUUUGACUAAAUUGUUGAAAGUUUUAGUUAAACAGCAACUGAAACAAGAACUGUGUAAAGCCUUUAACAUGCAAUGACCUCCCUUGCUCUUAUAGGUGUCUACUUACUACGCAUGAUGGUAGAGGGAGACUAUCGAGGUUCUCUUCUCCACAUUAACCUCCUAGCAUGAAAUCCAUUUAUAUGUACUAAUAAUCUUCAGGGUUAAUGGUUAUUAUUUUCCAACAUUUAUCUAAUACAAAAUUUCAUUGUUUGAAAAAAUAUAUAUACAGGUACCUAUUUUAUUUAUUUGUAUUUGCUGAUCCAAUAGCAGACAUACAAAUUCAUAUUCAUGUAUUAAAUAGACGUUUUGAUCAAUAC